AUGCCGGGAUGGUUCAAGAAGACGUGGUACGGGCUGGCGUCCCUCCUCAGCUUCUCCUCCUUCGUCCUGAUCGUCGUGGCCCUGGCCGUGCCCCACUGGCUGCGCGGGAAGAUCCUCUGUCAGACGGGGGUGGACCUGGUCAACGCCACCGACCCCGAGCUGGUGAAAUUCAUCGGAGACAUUUACUACGGGCUCUUCCGAGGGUGCAAGGUGCGACAGUGCGGCCUGGGGGGCCGCGAGUCCCAGUUCACGAUCUUCCCGAACCUGGUGAAGGAGUUGAACACAAGCCUUCACGUGACGAUCCUGCUGCUCCUCUUCUUGGCCCUGGCCCUGGCUCUGGUCAGCACGGGCUUCGCCAUCCUCAACAUGAUCCAGGUUCCCUAUAGCGCGGUCAAUGGCCCUGGGGGCAUCUGCCUCUGGAACGUUCUUGCAGGUGGCACCGUGGCCCUGGCCGUGGGCAGCUUCACGGCCGCGGUGAAGUUCCACGAGCUGACCGCGCGCAUCGCCAACUUCCAGGAGACGCUUUUCCGCCUGGUGGUGGUGGAGGAGGAGUACCAGGAGUCCUUCUGGAUCUGCGUGGCCAGCGCCUCCGCCCACGCCGUCACCUUGGUGGCCGUGGCCAUCAGCCAGAUCCCCCUCCCCGAGAUCCAGACCAAAGUGGAGGAGGCCACGGUCACGGCCGAGGACAUCUUGUACUGA